UCCGGAAACUUCAGUCGGUUCCUCUCUUCCUCUAUCUCGCCGAUUGGAGAGAGUAAUGGCGUCGGUGAGGCUAUUCGCCAUAAAAGCACUCCAGGGAUCGCCAUCGAUUUGCAACCAAUCAGAGUGUCUUCUCCAUCGAACUCAAGCAUUCGCCGUCCGAGCUAUCUCCACCGUCACAUCGCCGACGUCCACGGCCGUCGUCUACGACCAGCAUGGACCUCCGGAAGCCGUCACGAAAGUUGUUGACAUUCCACCGGUAGAGCUCAGAGAGACCGACGUGUGCGUAAAAAUGCUCGCCGCUCCGAUUAAUCCUUCUGAUAUCAACAGGAUCGAAGGUGUGUACCCUGUGAGGCCGCCAAUCCCAGCAGUUGGAGGAUAUGAGGGAGUUGGGGAGGUACACUCUUUAGGCUCUGCUGUUAGAAAUCUGUGUCCGGGUGACUGGGUGAUCCCAUCUCCACCUUCUUCUGGGACAUGGCAAACAUAUGUUGUAAAAGAUCAAAAUGUCUGGCAUAGAAUUGAUAAAGACACACCAAUAGAGUAUGCUGCCACAAUUACUGUAAAUCCUUUGACAGCACUACGAAUGGUUGAGGACUUUGCCAACCUAAAAUCAGGAGAUGCCAUUGUUCAAAAUGGGGCAACAAGCAUUGUGGGCCAGUGUGUUAUUCAGCUUGCUAGAGAACGAGGCAUUCAUAGCAUCAAUAUUAUAAGGGACAGGGCUGGAUCAGAUGAAGUGAAAGAAAAACUCAAGAAACUUGGUGCAGAUGAAGUGUACACUGAGAGCCAACUGGAAGUGAAGAAUGUCAAAGUUCUCUUGGCAAAAAUCCCUGAACCUGCUCUGGGAUUCAACUGUGUUGGAGGCAAUGCUGCUUCCUUGGUUCUGAAAUUCUUGAGGCAGGGAGGGACUAUGGUAACAUAUGGCGGAAUGUCUAAGAAACCUAUAACAGUGUCAACUUCAUCCUUCAUUUUCAAGGAUGUUGCAUUGAGGGGAUUCUGGCUGCAGAAAUGGAUGAGUUCUGACAAAGCACAGGAGUGCAGAAAAAUGAUUGAUUACCUCUUAAGCUUAGUACGAGAGGGGAAAUUGACGUACGAGACGGAGCUGGUUCCGUUCAGUGCUUUCCACACCGCAUUGGAUAAGGCACUUGGGAAAUUUGGGAGCCAACCCAAACAAGUGAUCAAGUUUUAACCGCGACAUGGAACAUAGCCAAAUUGUUGCCACUUUUAAGAACACUGGUGUGUUUGGUAUUUCUCCAGGACUUCGUUCAGGAACUGCCUUUGUAAGUCGCAUUCGUAUUUCGUAAUUAGUCUAGAGGACUUCUGUGUUGCAUAUCGUUUGUAAUUUGAUUUUUUUCCCCAAAAUGACGACUAUUUUUUUAAAUUACGAAAAUAAUACUUAAAUUUAAAAUAUUUACGAGA